CCCACCACCCGUCCUGACGUCUCCUUAUUAAGGCUGAUCCGGGCACUUUUCCCCGCCCGCGUGCGAACCGUCUGCGCUGCUGUGAGGGGUUAUUGCAGCCGGCGGAGGGCCGCUCAGUGCUCGUAUAAGGCGCUCUCCGAGAAAUCUGCGUUUAACAGGAUCGUCCACACUUUUUUUUUUAGCGUGCUUUGCGUUCAGCAGCUACGUGGAUUCAUAAGUCACGGCUCUGCCUUUAUUUUCCUAUUCGGACGCCGGAAGGCUCGCCUAGUUACUGGCUGAAGUGUGUUGCGCUAGCUGUACCCGUGUGUUUUUUAUUUGAUUUAUAAUGAUAUGCUGUUUUUUUGGUUCAGAGCGAACGCCGCCGUUACCCUCAGCUGCACGGACCUGUAAAUGGAGUAAAAAUAAAUGCGAAGACCAGCAUGUCAGGGCGUGGUAAGAAGCAUCCAAAACCUGCACUGCCUGUCCGAACCACCAAGACUAAAAAGUCUGGCUUGCAGUUUUCUGUGUCCCGGAUCGGGCGGUACCUGAGACAGGGCCAUUAUGCUGAAAGAGUCAGUCCUGGAGCCUCCGUGUACCUGGCAGCAGUCUUGGAGUACCUGACCGCAGAGGUCAUGGAAUUAGCUGGAAAUGCUGCCCAUCAGAACAAGAAGCAGCGGAUUGGACCCCGCCAUAUCCAGCUGGCAAUAAGGAAUGACGAAGAGUUGAACAAGUUGUUUGCAAAUGUGACCAUUGCUGAAGGAGGGGUUCUGCCCAACAUUCAAGCCCAGCUUCUUCCUAAGAAAACAGCACGGCCUAAAGAAGUCAAAGGGGAUGGUCAGUCCCAGGAAUUCUGAAACAGUCUACCAUCUUCCGAGAACAGACUCUGCUAAAAGGGUAUUACUGGAAAUGUGUUCAGUUUGUAGCCGUUUCCACCACAGUUAUCCCCCAAUUAUACAUGGGGCAACACAGCCCUCAAAAGAUGAAGGAUGCCUGCCUAGCUAUAACCUAAAUGGCCUUUACUUCCUAAUUGGGUGGAGAACUAGUGGCAAACAUCUCUAACUAUUUUCUCAGUGAUCUCCUUUAUAAUAUUGUGGGGCUCUUGAUACAGAAGGCAUAGCUGAUGUCUUACAUUAACCUAGCUAUCAGGUUGACAUCCUCCACAUAUGCAAUUCUUCAAAGUGACAACUUCAGUGGUUUUUCCUGUUUUUUCACCCAGCCUAUAAGUAAAAUGAUUGAUGUUAGCAAAACCAUUUUGAUAUUAAUCAUAGCAUUCAAGGUUUUGCCCUUAAAUUAGCACUGUAAAUUUACUUACUUCCAUUGAGGGUUAUGUUUGUGAAAUAGAACUGUAAACUAGUUAUAUUCUUCCUUGCCUUUAUAGUCUCAGUUGUUAUGAUGUGGGGGACUAUUUUGCUUUUACUUCAUGUACCUUUAGGUUAGUUCCUCACUUAUUAAGUGGUUAUUUGUCAUUGAAUUCAUAACUGAUCAGAAUGACAAUUCUUAUUCCUGAUAGUUGGCCUCUUUCUAAUACAAUCCUUUUAUGUAUUUACUGUAUUUAUGAAUGUAAUUACUUGUUAAUUAAAAAUGUAAUGCAAAUGUGUUCAAAAAGAGCUUGUAACUCAAAAGCAGAAUAUAUGCUUUUCAUGCAGACGCUCCCAAGCUGAAUCUCUGGUAAUCAUAGGUAGAGUUAUAAACAGUACUGGGCUAGGUGGAUCAAUAAUCAUUUUCUCAAAUUGUGCUAAUCCAUAAUGUUGUUUGCUUGGUUCUGGUUAAGUAUGUUGUGUGGAUCCAACCUACUAUGAUUUUUAAACAAACGAUGGCUUGGUACUAAGUGAAUCCUGGCAAUGUAAGAUAUAUUAAAUCAUAUAUAUA